AUGCUUCUAGCAGAGUUCAUGCUAAUUCUUGCUUGCUUUUUCGCCAUUCAUGGCGGCGCCGACAGCGCAGCCUUUCCAUGUCCUGUCGAUUCUCCACGUUCUUGUAGCACUUACGUCUCGUACUUCGCAAAAUCAUCACAAUUUUUGGAUCUUAUGAGCAUAUCGAGCUUGUUUGGAGUCAGUGCUUCGAAGAUUGCCAAAGCAAGUAACUUGGGAUCUGAGACAGCUCCAUUGUUUGAUGGGCAGAUUCUACUGGUGCCUGUGGACUGUCACUGCUCUGAAAAUGGCUUCUUCCACAAUGUUACCUACAAAAUCAAGAAAGAUGACACCUUUUUCCACGUCUCGACCACCACGUUUGAGAAUCUCUGCGCUUGGAACAUGGUGCAGAAAAUGAACCCAAAUCUAAAUCCAACGAAAUUGCAGGUGGGGGCAGAGGUGGUUUUUCCUCUGUUUUGUAAGUGCCCUUCUGAGAAAAACUUGAAACAGGGGAUUCAAUAUCUUAUUACUUAUGUAUGGCAACCCAACGAUCAGGUUUCUCGUGUUAGUGCCAUUUUUAAUGUCUCAGAAGAAGCAAUAAACGUGACGGAUUUCACCGUUGGAAAGCCCAUUUAUGUCCCUGUUUCGAAACUUCCUCUGUUUUCUCUGUCUUGGCCUCAGAGGAAACAUAUCAAACACCUUGUGAUUAUAAUUGUGGCUUUGGGGAUUAGUUUCCUGUUGGGAUCAUUGUUGGGUGUUUAUAUUUGGUUAAUCCACAAGAAAAAAACAUUACCCAUGUGGGAAAUUUCCAUUUUUGGAAUCUCUAAGCUCACAAAAAAGAAGAUGACAAAACAGAGCAGGCAGCUGCAGGUUCUUCCUCCGGUGGUUUCCGACUACUUGGGAAGGCCGAUUUUUUACGAAUUUGAAGUGAUAGCAGAGGCGACGAUGAACUUCAACGAGGGGUUUAAGAUUGGGAAAUCAUUAUACAGAGCCGAAAUCAAUGGAGAAAUCUCAGUGGUAAAGGAAGCGAAACAGGAUUCAAAGGAAGAGCUAAUGAUUCUGCAGAAAGUUAAUCAUAUAAGUUUAGUGAAACUGGUGGGAUUCUCUUCAGAUUAUGAGGAGAAUUUUUACUUAGUUUAUGAAUUUGCUGAAAAUGGGUCGUUGGAUAAAUGGCUUCAUUCGCCAUCUCCAGUUUCUUCAGGCUCUGUGAGCUUCCAUCUCACAUGGAGCCAACGGCUGAACAUAGCUUUGGAUGUGGCUAAUGGGUUGCAGUAUAUGCACGAUCACACUCAGCCAAGCAUAGUUCAUAGGGAUAUCAAAACGGGUUGCAUCCUUCUUGACUCGAGAUUCAGAGCAAAGAUUUCAAAUCUAGCCAAGGCCAGGCCUGCCACUGGUCCUCUGUCCACAAAAGUUGAUAUUUUCGCUUUUGGGGUUGUGAUUUUGGAGCUGCUUUCUGGGAAAAAAGAAGUGAAGUUAUGUGAAGAGAUAAGGGAGGUUUUAGAACAAGAACAGAGCAGAGAAGAGAAGUUAAGAGAUUGGAUGGACCCAAAAUUACAGAGCUUUUACCCAAUUGAAGGAGCUUUGAGCUUGGCUCUAAUGGCGAGGGCUUGUACACAAGAAGAACCUUUGUCCAGGCCAACAAUGGCGGAAAUCGUCUUCAAUCUCUGUGUUCUUGCUGAAUCUCCCAUUGAAAAGGCAGAAAAAACAUGGGUUUCUCUUUUGGAGGCGGAUGAAAUCGCCGGUAGCCAUGGCGUCAUUAGAGCUCGUUGAGAGAUUCGAACUGUAAAUAUCAUUACAUAAUC